GCUUUCGACGUCAAAGGUCGUCAAAAUGUCUUGUAUGAACCACUUAGCUUAGAAGCUAGCAGCUCAGUUUUGCUUCUUUUCGUUUGGUUUUGAGUUCCUUUUGUUUAGAAAGUCUGGUUUUGUACUAAAUGGCGGCCAGGAAAUUAUCAUGAAACUCCGGGUUCAGAAUGACAGGAGUGAUUCCAGAACAGCACUGAAACUGAGGGAGUCUUCUACUGUAAUGCAGUCUAAUCCAAGUGAACAGCGUGUUCAUGCAGCAAAUGGUUUAUCCUUAAAUCUGCAAGCAGAGCUUCUCACUGGGGCACCAGUUACUACUGCUGCUGCUUCCAGCACUGACAGUAAUGAGGUGAGGGUAUCAAUGACUGGGGGUUCUGGAGAAUCGAAUGGAGGCGCAUCAUCCAGGAGAUCCAGGGUCAGCUCCCACUCCCACGCCCAUUCUCACUCACACGGACAUAGCCGGGCGCAGCUCCACUCUAAUUCAGAGCCCGAGUUCGACCCACCCGACUCUGAUGUGGAUUCUGGUGAGACAAGCGCCUCCCUUACUGAGCUUCGCUGCUUGUUCCGUUGGAUCCAAAAGAGUCUUCCCUUCCUCGUCGUACUGUGUGCUAAACUGGUCACCCAGCAUGCUUGGGGUUUAGCAGUUGGGGCGGGCCUCCUAACAACCUUUUUAUAUGUGAAUAAAAACAUUCAAACUCAAGUCUUUCUUCAGGAUCGUCACUCAAAGCUGCAGUGCAUUUGGCUGCUAGUCUUCCUCAUCUCCUCCACCCUCCUACUGUACUACACCUUUCUCUCAGAGACACUUUACCAGUCCCUCAUCUUCUUCAGUCCAACCAUCGAGCCGCUGGGUUUUUGGGAGGUUCUUUGGGCGGUUGGCAUUACCAACUUCAUAAUAAAGUUCCUCUUUAUGGGAAUCAAGUGCCUUAUCCUGCUGGUACCGUCGUCACUAGUUACCUACAGAACCCAGGGCCGGUGGCUAAUGUUGACCGAGGAGCUGGGUCAAGUACACCAAGCUAUAGCACCUGUUCCACUGUGGUUCCGUUACCUAGUUACCUACCAGGAGUCUGACGGGGUCCCUGGGCUUACACUUGGGGUCCUGUUGGCUUUACUCUACCUCAUACUGAAGCUUUUAAGAUUGUACAACCAGUGGACGUCUUUACUGAAAACUGUGAGGAUAUUUCUUGCAGGCGAGCAUACAGGCUCUGCAGCAACAAGAGCUCAGUGCAGUGAGGCUGGAGAUGUGUGUCCCAUCUGCCAGGGAGAGUACAGAGAGCCUCGGGUGCUUAUCUGCCAGCACGUAUUCUGUGACGAGUGCAUUGCUCUAUGGUUUAACCGGGAGAAGAGCUGCCCCCUCUGCCGCACAGUGAUCACAGACAAGGUGUACAAAUGGAGGGAUGGAGCUACAUCUCCACACCUACAGAUUUAUUGAUCCAUGAGGCACAGACACCGAAUGUGUGCAUGUGGGACAGUGGUAUUACUUUGUAUGUAAUCUGACUUUUGCUUUUCCUUUUUCAAACCACAACAGCGUUUGUUGUUGAACAUAUUUUCAGGGUGUGAAAGGGCUAGGCUUCCUGAAGCCUAGAGUCACGAAGGACAUGAGUUGCACAGCUUGCAUGUUUCGCCACCAGGUCAUCUCUUCUUCCAAAGAAAUGUCCUAAAUUAUUUAUUUUUUGGAUUUUUUCCUUUCAGUUUCUUUUUGAGUAGUAUCAACAAACCUUCCAGAUGGGGAUUAAAAAAUGUUCUGCUGCCAUCAUUUUGUUCUGGGCAUGAGAAAUUAAACAGAAUUACACCAAGUGUUUAAACUUUGAACAAAUACACAAGAAAUUCAUUGUUUUCAACCAGGAGUUUUAAGUAUUGGGGAACUUUUCUGAUAAAUCAAUUUGAGAUUUACACAUAAAUUAUUUUUCUAUAGGGGUGACUUCACUGUUUUUGUAAAGACCAAAGAUUGGGAUCUAUUUUAUGUAUUAAAAUAAUUUCACUGUUAUUCAUCAAUUAUAUGAAUAAAGAUUUACAUUUGAA